UAAUUUGGCGAAACAGCCUGGUUUGAAUUUCGCUUACACAGCUAAACAAACCCCGCCAAAUUACCAUUAUACCCAUAACAGUUGAAUCCUAAUCCACUCUAUGAUUCUUAACUGCAACAAGGACAUAACCGCAAUUUUAUCGUCUCCAUCACAUCAAUACCAUCACCGUUACCGUAGCAAAACCACCACCGGAAAACCAAAUCAUUCAUUCCCCUCCAUUUCCCUCUCUCUCAAAAACCAGAUCCAAACAAACCCUAACCCUAAUCAAUAAUCCCAAAUUCAAUCUCACAAUUUCACAAUUCGAUUCGAAAAUUGUAAAUCAACAUGGGCGAUUUCAACCUCGCCCUCGUGAUCGUAGCAAUAGUGGUGGUUGCGAUCGUUUUUCUCGUCAAUGUAUACCUUCUCGUGAACUAUCAGCAUCCCGAUGAUGUUAACCAGGCUUACUUUCCUAAAUUUGUUGUUGUUUUCGGGCUUUCAAUUGCCGCAAUCUCUAUCCUCAUGCUUCCGGCCGAUGUGGCGAAUCGGCAAGCUUGCCGGCAUGCUAUUUAUAACGGAGCGUGUAAUCUCACGCUCCCGAUGAAAGACUUAUGGCUCGCUGUUUAUGUAAUCGACGCUAUCCUUGUAUUCUUUGUAAUUCCUUUCGCAAUGUUCUACUAUGAAGGCGACCAGGACAAGAGUAUUGGUAAAAGGGUUAAGAGUGCAUUGUGGUGGGUGGUGUCAACGGCUAUAGUGUGUGCUCUCGUUCUGGGUAUUUUGUAUGGGCUUGUUGGUAAGGUGGAUUUUACUGUUAGGCAUCUCUCUUCAUCGACAACUUCAUUUCCUAACUCAUGGGUAUUCAAUAGUGGUCAACAAUGUAUUGGAAAUGGUGUCCAUCAGUGCUCUGCAUACUCUGCUAGUCCUUCUUCAGAGAAAACAUGGACCAUGCGAUCAACCUUUCCAGAAUAUGUUGUUGCUCUAGCUACUAUUGUUGGAUCUGUGCUUUUUUCUAUAUUUGGUGGUGUUGGUAUUGCUUGUCUUCCACUAGGACUUAUAUUUUCAUUUAUUCGGCGUCCAAAGGCUGUUAUCACUCGCUCACAGUAUAUCAAGGAAGCAACUGAACUUGGUAAAAAAGCAAAAGAAUUGAAGAAAGCGGCCGAGUCACUCCAUCAGGAUGAAAGAAGUGGUGCAAAGGGUAGAAAACAUCGUAAAAAUGUAAAAGAAGUAGAAAAGGAGUUGUUUCAAUUAGAAGAAGACGUUAAGCUUCUUGAAGAGAUGUAUCCACAAGGGGAAAAGGCUGAGACAACAUGGGCACUAACAGUUCUUGGUUAUCUGGCAAACCUUGUUUUCGGAAUUCUAGGGCUGAUUGUUUCAGUGGCAUGGAUUGCUCAUAUCAUUAUCUAUCUAUUAAUUAAUCCUCCCCUUUCUCCUUUCCUGAAUGAAGUUUUCAUCAAGCUAGAUGAUAUCUGGGGUCUGCUUGGCACAGCCGCAUUUGCAUUUUUCUGCUUCUACCUUCUCCUUGCUGUGAUUGCUGGUGCCACGAUGCUUGGGUUGAGACUAGUUUUCAUCACCAUCCAUCCCAUGAAGUGGGGAGCAACUCUCAUGAACUCUUUUCUGUUUAAUGUGGGCCUUAUCCUUCUUUGUUCCAUUAGUGUGAUUCAGUUUUGCUCCACGGCGUUUGCUUACUAUGCUCAAGCAACUGCAGCCCAGGAAAUAUUUGGACACACUUUGGAGUCUCUUCGUGGAAUUAAAUAUUUGUACAAGUACAAUAUAUUUCAAAUUGCAUUUGUUAUUUUGGCUGGAUUGACAUUUGUGUAUUAUGCUGCCUUUGGAUGGAGAAGAAAAAAGCCUAGUGGCAGGUUCCAAUUGUCUACAUGAGGUGUGGCUUAGCCCUCAGGAGUAGCCUCUGAAAGUAGCCGUUUUGGAUUCCUUGUCUCUUGUCAUAUCCUUUACAGUGGUUUUUACCUUUGGAUAUGCUUCGGCCUAGAUUUGUUUCACGUUGAAAGCUAUAGGCUUAUCAUCAUCUGAGCAGAAUCAUUUUAUGCAGUUGACUCAGUAGGUGGGUGCUUGAGUUGUAACUUUGGGUCUUUGCUUCUUUUGCUGCCCUUGUAUGUAUAAUUACUUUGUUUGAUUCAUUCUGCUCAAUAUAUGUAAUUAAAUGUACUGUUGUGUGCAUGAAAGAGUACUGGAUUCCCACAAUACUAUGAGGUUAUGCAACCCCUGCCAAAGAGAAAAUUGUAAGGCCAGUUUUUUUUAUUUUAUUGUUAAGUUUUAUGUUCA